AUGGGUAUCCAAACAGCGCCGGACGACAUCCCACUUCAACGAUGUCCAGAUAUUAUGCUGAAGGUUGAUACGCCAAAAGGGCGUGGUAUUUUUGCUACCAAAGACAUACCAGCAGGGACCACGAUAGACAUAUGUCCUGUAUUGAUCCUAGGAACAGAAGAGAACAAGAAGCACAUAGAGCACACCUCGCUUUAUCAUUACACUUACAAUUGGCCAGUCGUAGAUACGGACGGUAACAGCAAGGUCACACAAGCCAUCAUAUUCGGAUUAGGAAGCAUGUUCAAUCACUCGACCCAAGAACAAAACGUAGGAUGGAUGCGAGAUACGCGACGUCAACUCAUUACAUAUCGAGCUUUGAGAGACAUUGCCACGGGCGAAGAACUCUGCAUAUCGUACGGAAGCCACCUAACCUUCAAAGAUGCAGAUGUUCCGCCACCAACGCCCCCAGAAGACGAAAUUGAGCAGCUUCGAAUGAUUGACCCAUAUUAA